ACGGCAGAGGAAACCUUGGUGCUAUUCGACGGAAUGCAUUGUUCGUGAAAAGGUUCUAGUCUUUUGAUGGAUAUUUCAAGACGUUUUACUUUUUGAUCUGUGAAACACUAGUCCAAAAAUUUGAGCGAAUAUUUCAAGAUGUGGAUUUAGAAUGCUAGCGAUUCCAGAGGAGCCCAGUGAAAUGAGAUUGUGGGGUGACCCUCCUUUCAGCAGGGACUCUAUAUUUGAUGACUUUUCACCUUCCUUUUUGGAGUAUGAUGUUGCUGCUGAGGUUGAAUGUGGCCAAGGAUUUGACAGGGAGGAUGAAUCAAUGAAUUGCUGGUACAGUGAGUCAACUUCAGCUACGUCUUCAGUGGAUUCCUCUGAAUAUAACUCAGAUAAUGAAAUUAUUGACAUAGAGACAGAAGGUACAAAGAUGGCUUCUUUUUCGGGUUCGUAUUUAGAUAUCAGUGAAUUAGAGAGGAAAUGCAGAGAAUUAAAAGCUCUAGAAAGCAGCUCCCACAGUUGGAGUAGACAUUGUAGCAGAAAAAGGAAUCAACAGAAAAAUGAGAGCGCUAAAAGCUCCACAUUAGUGGAUGAUUUAUUAAACAAAAGUAAAAAGGAAGUGAAAAAGAAUUCCAGUUCAUCUUCAAGUAAAUCUCUGUGUCCAUGCCAAAAGUUAACAGAUUCUAUGGAGUUUGGUUUGAGUUGGAACAAAAUGUCAUCAGAAGAUCAAGUUGAGGCAGUUGAAUUGCUGACAAGAGUUGCUUCCAUGACAAUGGGACUACGAGAACAAAUGGAUAUCAUUAAGAUUAUAAAUCCAGAAGCAACUGUUCUUCCCACAGACACAGAAUUUGAAAUAGAUCUUGAGUCUUUCAAUGAAGCUAAAUUUGAAAGAAUACACAGAUAUAUUAAGGAGCAUCUCUCCAGAGAUUCUUGUCUUCUGUGUUCAGAUUCUACCUCGGAAACAUGCAGACAAAAUUCAAAUUUCACCUAUAGGAAGCAUUCAAAGAGAAAACCUAGAGGAACUCUUAAUAUGAAAAGAAUUUCAAGAAAAUCCACCAAACAUAAAGGCUUGUUGAAACGAGUUCACAGACAAAUGUUGAAAGAACAGAAAAGUGGUCUCUUCGAGAAUGAGGAGGUAAUUUCACUUAGCUCAAGGAAUAAAGAUGAAGCUAAUGAUGUUGAAGUUGACAUCCUUUGCUAAUAUUUGUUUUUGAAAUAGCAAUAAACUUGAGUAACAAAUUUA